GUAGCGCCUCCGUGUGGACGGUACGCCACAUAACAUGUGGUCACUUCCUGUAAAGCUGAAGGGUGGGACAAGCGGAAGCUGGGUGCUGUAGUGUUGGUAUUUUUCUCUCGCUGAGCAGUUGGACUGAUAUUUAUCACUCAACAUGCCGGCGUAUCACUCAAGCCUAAUGGUCCCCGAAACCAGGCUGGUGGGGAAUAUGGCUUUGCUUCCUCUCAAAACCCAGUUCAAGGGACCAGCCAGAGGAGACGGCAUCGAGUCAGACAUCAUUGAUGAGGCGAUCUACUACUUUAAGGCCAAUGUUUUCUUUAAGAACUAUGAAAUCAAGAAUGAGGCAGACAGGACGCUGAUCUACGUCACACUGUACAUUUCUGAAUGCCUAAAGAGGCUACAGAAGUGCAGCUCCAGGAACCAGGGAGAGAAGGAGAUGUACACACUGGGUAUCACUAACUUCCCCAUUCCUGGAGAGCCUGGCUUCCCUCUCAAUGCUAUGUAUGUCAAACCUGCAAACAAGCAAGAGGACGAGACUAUGAGAGCGUACCUCCAGCAGAUCCGCCAGGAGACCGGCUUGAGGCUAUGUGAUCGCGUGUUCGACCCCCAGACAGACAAACCCAGCAAGUGGUGGAUGUGCUUUGUCAAGAGGCAGUUCAUGAACAAAAGUCUGUCAGCACCUGGACAGUGAAUGACUCGGACUCAGUUUCUAUUCUACACCUGCAAGAGGGUGGGGUGGGGUGGGGUGGUGCAGGAUCUGCUUCUGUGUUGCGAAGAUGAUUUUAUACUCUUGAGUUCAAGGAUAUGUCUUAAUUUGUCUGGAUGUUAACCGUAUUGAGCUGGUGCUUAAUUAAAUAAAGAAAUCAUUGAGAUUGGAAAA